GCCGUGUUCGGUCCUCGAGAAAAUGAAGGCGACCUGCGCGGCAGUUUGGAAUUUCGCUUGCUUUGUGCUCAUUAAUGCACAGGCUUCUCUACCCAUCUCGAACAUCGCUGUGACACAGUCCUCACCGGGUUUACCAAUAGCGGCCCUCACUGCUGUGAAUCUAACCUGCGAGGUGUCUGGGUUAGGGUCUGCUGAUUCAAGGCUGUGGAUGAUGGAUGGUCAGCCCCUGUCCACUGAUAAUAGGAUAACAUUAUCAGUGGACAACAGCACGGUCUCCUUCAACCCAGUUCUACUGUCUGAUACCGGCGCAUAUCAGUGUACAGCUUCUAACCUUGUAAGCAGUAAGACAAGCGAUGCAUACGGAUUGAUCAUCAACUAUGGACCAGAGCAGGUAUCUAUUACAGGACCAGACUCAGCAGUUCUCAAUUCCUCCGUAACAUUCGUGUGUUCGGCUCGAUCCACCCCAGCGUGUUUUUACACCUGGUAUUUCAAUGGGAAAGAGAAGGCCCGGGGCUCAGAGUACAAGAUAGAUGCUGUAAACUCCAGUAAUACGGGCAGCUACAGCUGUCUGGCAGCGAACCCAGUGACAGGAGGGACCAGCAUUGCAGAGAAAAGACUUGAUGUGACGGGUGUGGGGGAACCCCCAGCGCCCUCGUCCUUGACGUCACAGCAGGUCUUAGUGAUCGUCACCAGCAUUGCUGCAGUGCUUAUAGUCUCAGGUCUCACUCUGUCUUAUUUCGGCAUACAGCGUUAUAAGAAAAAACAAUCAUCCAACCAAAAUAAUUCCCAGUUAGACCCGGGUCAAAAGAGUUCAAAUGCUGCAGCUAAUGAUGGACCGUCACUAUAUGAGCACAUCACACCCACGGGUCAACGGGAAACAGGUAAAAUUAGAAAACAACGAAAUGUUCAACCAGAAGGCUUCUACACAGAUUUGGAGUUGUCCGAUGAGUCCCUCUACACCAACCUGAAGCGGUAGGGAAGAUAAAUGCCCCAUCUCAGAUUAACCCAGCUGCCCGACAGCACUCAUACAAAAAAUAAUAAUAAUAAUUAUCUCUAAUAAGUCUCCUGUGUGUGCAGAGGUACGAAGCUCAGGUGUGUCUUAUUAUUAAACUCCCAUUUGAAACCAGGAAAGGCAAAGGGAGUCCUAUUUCCAUCUCUGAAGUCUAUGCCAUUCCUAAAAUUUGGAACCAGAAUGGAAUUCGGAAUUUGGAAUCCAGAAUGGGGAACGUUAAUUAGUUGGCAAACAAUCUAUACAGUAUGUAUAAAACGCAAGCUGUAACUGCAAUGCACUGACAACCUCUCUAUGUUUAACCAGCUGCUGUUUUGUCUGCUACAGAAUGACUAGAAUACCAAAACAAGCUGCACGUGAUUGAGAGAGACAACCCAAGCAUGUCGUAAUGCGUGUAGAGACUGAUCACUCUCAGAGAAUCACGACCAGACGCUUACACAUCCAAAACUACGCAAUUAAUUUCUUGCCCAAAUUUAUGAUAGACUAUUACUUCUUUCUUUUGCAUUUUGUAACCUUGUAAAUAAUAUAUAAUGUUUGUCUUUGAUUGUUAAUUCUGAAAGGGUUUCUGUUUUUCUCUCAGGGUGUGUGUUCUUUUUAGUGCAGCCAGGGACAUAUUCAAAUUAAUAAACCCGACUUCUUGGUGUGGACGCGGGUUUCAAUUAGUUAAACUAGAUGUAUGCAUCACUUACAAGCAUUGUAGUAGCUUCAGACUCAUA